AUGAUCGGUAGACAGUACGUCCGAGGCGGGUCCCGGGGCUUCAGCAGUGGCUCGGCUGUCGUCGGGGGAGGCAAGAGAGGUGGGGCCUUUAGCUCCAUGUCCGUGUCUGGCUGUGCAGGCCGCAGCUCUUCCGGGGGCUUUGGCAGCAGGAGCCUCUACAACCUCGGGGGUAGCAAGUGCAUCUCCAUGAGCGUGGCCGGGACCCGACAGGGUGCCUGCUUCGGGGGGGCCGGAGGCGUCGGCAUUGGCGCCGGAAGCUUUGGAGCUGGUUUUGGAGCUGGUUUUGGUGCUGGCGGCUACGGCGGCGGCUUUGGCAGCGGCUUCGGGGGCUCCUUCGGUGGUCGUGGUGGUCCUGGCUUCCCUGUCUGCCCCGCUGGGGGGAUCCAGGAGGUCACCAUCAACCAGAGCCUGCUGACCCCACUCCACGUGGAGAUCGAUCCCGAGAUCCAGAAAGUGCGGACCGAGGAGCGUGAGCAGAUCAAGACCCUCAACAACAAGUUUGCCUCUUUCAUCGACAAGGUGCGUUUCCUGGAGCAGCAGAAUAAGGUCCUGGAGACCAAAUGGAAACUCCUUCAGCGGCAGACGACCACCACGUCCAGCAAGAACCUUGAGCCUCUCUUUGAGGCCUACCUCAGUACCCUGAGGAAGCAGCUGGACACCUUGAUCAAUGACAAAGGGCGCCUGCAGUCUGAGCUGAAGGCCAUGCAGGACAGCGUGGACGACUUCAAGACCAAGUAUGAAGAUGAAAUCAAUAAGCGCACGGCGGCUGAGAAUGACUUUGUGGUGCUCAAGAAGGACGUGGACGCUGCCUACAUGAACAAGGUGGAGUUGGAGGCCAGGGUGGACAAUCUUAAUGAUGAGAUCAGCUUCCUGAGGGUCCUCUACGAAGCGGAGCUGUCCCAGAUGCAGACCCAGGUCAGCGACACAUCCGUGGUCCUCUCCAUGGACAACAACAGGAACCUGGACCUGGACAACAUCAUUGCCGAGGUCCGCGCCCAGUAUGAAGAGAUCGCCCUGAAGAGCAAGGCUGAGGCCGAGGCUCUGUACCAGACCAAGGUCCAGCAGCUGCAGCUUUCAGUUGACCAACAUGGGGACAACCUGAAGAACACCAAGAGUGAAAUCGCAGAACUCAACAGGAUGAUCCAGAGGCUGCGGGCGGAGAUUGAGAACGUCAAGAAGCAGUGCCAGACCCUGCAGACGUCUGUGGCAGACGCCGAGCAGCGUGGUGAGAACGCACUCAAAGAUGCCCACAGCAAGCGCACGGAGCUGGAGACCGCCCUGCAGCAGGCCAAGGAGGAGCUGGCACGGAUGCUGCGUGAAUACCAGGAGCUCAUGAGCGUCAAGCUGGCCCUGGACAUUGAGAUCGCCACCUACCGCAAGCUGCUGGAGGGCGAGGAGUGCAGGAUGUCCGGGGAGUGCCAGAGUGCUGUGAGCAUCUCUGUGGUCAGCGGCAGUGCCAGCGCUGGAAGCAUCGGCGGAGGAUUCGGCGGCGGCUCUGGGUUUGGCCUGGGUGGUGGCUUGGGCUCCGGUUCCGGAAGUGGCUUUGGGUUUGGAGGCGGUGUCUCUGGCGGUUCCGGCGGCAAGAUCAUCUCCACCACCACCCUGAGCAAGAGGUCUCACCGAUAGAGGAGACGAGGUCCCUGCAGCCUCUGAGCCCAUCCUGGUGUCUCUGCGUUUCCUUCCUUACCUCCACCCCCCUUUCUGGGGCUCGUCUUA